UCGCGCCCCGCGCAUUGCCGGAAGUGACGCAGGGACCCCUGACCGGAAAUGGAGCCGCCCACGGCAGAGGAGCUGCGGGAGCGGCUCCGGGAGCGGCUCCAGGCCGAGCACGUGGAGGUGCAGGACUCGCCCCAGCUCUGCCCCGGAAGUUUCCGCGUUCUCGUCGUUUCCGGAACGUUCCGCGGCCUCAAAACGCUCCAGAGGCACCGGCUGGAUAACGAGGCGCUGAAGGAGGAGCUGGGCCGCAUCCACGCGCUGGAGCAGCGAACGCUGACGCCCGAGCAGUGGGAGGCGGAGCGCGGCUCAUCUGCAUAAAUUUGCAUACUGCCGGUCUUCCCGCCUCCGCUUCGCCUAUGCAUGGAUUUGCAUAAAUUAGCCCGGCCUGGCUCUGAUUGGUUGAGCCCACGCCCCCUUUUCAGGCCUUAAAUGGAGGGGGAAGGGCGUGGAUGUGAUGCUCAUUUGCAUAAAUUUGCAUCAAGGCAAUAAACAUUCCUCAUUUGCA